GUAGCUAUCCAUCCAUCUAAACGACAAAAGAUGAAUUUCUCAAUUUUGACUUUGCGUACCAAAUCAUUCCCCGGAGAAAAUGGAUACUAGAAGGGGAAUGAUUUACCUUAUAUGUAUGAACAGAUAUGUUAAUAAACAGAGGCAUUCAGUCCUCUCGAACAUUUAGGAGCAGAGUCGCAAGCUGUGCUUUGAAGCAAAAGCCAGCGGACAAUGUUCUCAGAGUAAGCCAUCACCAACACUACAACCUCUAUCACAUCCAAGAAGAAAGACUCGAGCAACAAACAUGGCAUUACUGUGAAAUAGCGAUCAUGUGCCGUGGAGACGGCGAGUGCAGACCACUUGGGAUUGAUCUGAUUGACUUCUGUCUUGGGAUUUGUGCAAACCGUUGCAUAUGUCAUUGCUGUCUGUGCGUGACAAUAAUAGUGGAGCUGGCUCUGGAGCUGAUCAAGGCAAGGCACCCAUUCAUGUCAUGGAGUGGUUCACUUCUCAGAUCCCCUGUUGAUUCAUUUCCAUGGUCUCUCUGUUUAUUGGUUUUGCCUUCCUCCUUUUAUUCUCUUGAUGUUUGAUCAGGAGAAGUAAAUGAAGGACUGUAAGUCUGGAACUCCCUGAACUGCGAUAACACAACCAGGAGAAGACACAGUGAGAAUUAGGCUCUGCAAGAUCAAAACUUCCAUUCUCUGA